UUGGUUUGAUCAGCCGCUUUCAAUUCUCUCCGCUUCUACUAAAUCCAUACUAUUCUCAUGUUGGGAGUGCGAAUUGGGGAAGUAGAGGGAGAAAAAAAGAGAAAGACACAAAAACGUUGUUCGAGUUUUGUGAAAGGCUAGGAGGAUUAAGCCUGUUGGACUGGCUGUUUUUCAAAUUCAUGGUAUACAUUAGAAUGAGUACAUACUCAUUCUAAUUUGUGGGAAUGUUUCGUUCUAAAACUAAUCCGUUAUCUUUUCUCUUGAUUAUACUCAUGUUACAAAUGUUUGUCAAAAGACCAUGUCUUGCCCAUUUAAAUUCCUAUUAGCAUGUUAAAAAAAAGAUCUUAGAGUUAAAAUCUGCAUAAUCCCAUCAAUAUAAUACAGAAUAACUGGCAUCAUAGGCAUAGUACCUUUUGUAGAUCUAAAGAUGUCCCACGCUUUUUAUGGAUUUUCAUUCCGACUAUUUGGUUUUUUUUCAUUUCCAAUGCUCUAAUGUGUUCUGCUAAAAUUUUUCUGCGAGUAUAAAUUCCAUAUGUUUUGUUUUCUGAAAAUUCAAAUUAAAUUAUCAAAAAAUAUAGCAAAACAGCUUUGACAAUACUUUCAAUUCUCAUAAAAACCUUUUAAAUUGAGGAAUAAAAGAACACACUCGGAAAUAAUAUUUAAAUUUCAUAUAUUAGUAAUUAAUCACUUCAAAUUUAAUUUUCUAGUUCGGUUUAGAUUUUAUGUAAAACAUAUUUUCGGCAGUUUUUUAUACGUCUAUUAUGCAAUUAUUUUUCAUGUUGCACUUUUCAAUAGAAUUGAAAUUCCCGUAGUUUUCCCUGUGAAAAACAUUUAAAACGAUGGGCACAAAAGCAGUGAAAAUGGACGCUAUAAACACAUCCCAUACAGCCAUUUUCAUUGUUAUCACCGAUUCGCUUCUCUUUUUCGUCUCUUUUCUUCGUCAUAUUCUUCCAUCGCGUUCCCACCAAUUUUCUUCGUUCUCAAUCGACAUCACAUCGUGUCUCAACUCUUUCAUUUUUUCCCAACAAUAACUUGAUGGUUCGUCCUACUUUCGUAAACAUUAAGCUGCCACUUCGACCUUCAUCGAUGAGUCAAGAAUCAUCGACCACCAACGAUUCGCCGGGGCCACCUGCCCAACCACAAUCGGUUAGGUCGACAUCAAAAGCCCCACUGCCAAAAUAUACAUCAAUUGAUCUGGAAAAUGAAAUUCCAGAAAUGUAUAAUACUUCCCUUAAUCCCGGUAUUCACGAUCCGGAUAUGACAAUGUUUUUCAAUAGAAAUGCUCCACCAUUUCACACAAACUAUGCAAAACGACACAGCCCACCACCAAGUUAUUCAUCGAGAUCCAAACAGAGCAGCGUCUCCUCUUCAGCAACUCCCACUAAAUCAGCAGUGUCUCGGCGAAACUAUUUGGCCGGAUGCUUCCUUUGUGUAUUUUUCGCUGCGCCUAUCAUUUUCCUCGUAAUUUUUUAUAUGAUUCCACGAAUUGUUGUCAUUGAUAGAACCGCGAGGUUCUGAAGAGUCUCAUUUUUUCAAUGUAUAAAUUGGGAUAGAGAUCGGGCAGAAUUUCACAAAAAUAUUUAAUAAAUGGUACCUUACACUCAUAAU